GUUCGCCAUUAGUUUUCAUUGGGGUCAAAUAACCAGUUUUGACGUUAUUCAAAUAGCAUAAUAGUUAAUAAAGUACGCUUAUUAGAAAGGCUAUUAAAGGAAUAACAAUGAAGAACUUAUUGGACGUGAUGUCAGUUCAAAAGCGAUCUGAAGCGAAUAAAACUCAAAAACAAAAACCAACAGACUAUCGCAAAGUGGAUAAGCCUGGUGUUGUGCCACGUUUCCUAUUUGAAUGCGCUAUUAAACUGCAAAUUAAACCACUAACCUCAGCAAGUGCAGCUAUAAUUUUUCACCGCUUCUUUAAAGAAGUAUCAAGUACUGACUAUGAUGAAUAUCUUAUUGCUGCUUCUGCAUUAUACCUAGCAGGAAAAAUUAAAGACGAUCCUGUAAAAAUUCGAGAUGUUAUUAAUAUUACACAUAACACCUUAAAUCGUGACACGCCACCACUAGAAUUAGGAGAUGAAUAUUGGUCAAUACGCGAUGCCAUAGUCCAGGCGGAGUUGCUAAUCGCUCGCACUUUGAAAUUUGAUUUGAACAUUGAACAUCCACACAAGUAUUUGCUUUACUAUAUGAAAACGCUGCAAUCUUGGUUAGGUCAUACCAUUUGGUCAUCAGUGCCGAUAGCAAAGUCAGCAGCAUCGUUUCUUCAAGAUUUGCAUCACAGCUCAAAAAUCCUUAACCACAAACCGUCACACGUCGCAAUAUGUUGUCUGUCUUUAGCAUUACAAUCGUAUGGCAUUCAGGUCCCACUUGCUGAUGAAUCCGAUGAAGCGUCCAUGUGGUAUACGCCAUUUGUCAGUGAGUUGACAAAAGAAAAACACUGGGAAAUUAUUGAAGAUAUAAUAGAGAUUUAUAAGCAAGAAAGCGAAAUCAAUUCUUUUUGAAGAAACUGUACUGAAUUUAUAUCUAUAAAACGUAUAUAAUAACGUUAAAGUAAUAUGGUAAAUUUGUGAUAAGGAAAUUCUUCAAGCUAAAAAAUUGGCUAUGGCUUAUUUCUGCCUCGUAUUCUAGUUUAUUUCCAUUGAUAUUUAAAGUAUACCUACAUACCGAACUUAUUAAACCAUGAUCAUGAAAACGUGUAAGUUUCAUUAAAUAAA